UUGUUUUCUUUUGCAAUUUUCUUUUCUAAUUAGUGAUUAGUGAUUACAGGUGAGACAAUUAAGAGAAAGGAAAAGUUGCCUUAAAAAGAAAGAUCCAGAUAAAAGUGAGAGAGGGAGAGAAAUGAUAACGAAAUAGAUCACAUUUUCCUGGUCCCUUCUCUCAUUGGAAAGAAGGUCAAGUCUCAUCCUCCAUCUUGUUAAUUCACUUUUACUUUUUAAUUUCUAUUCCUCCUCCUCCUCCCUCUCCACCUUAUACCUUUCUCCUUCAAAAGUAUCUCUUUAAUUGUGAUAAAAUAUUAAUUAUAUUUGAUGACGAUAAUCAAAAACGUGUAUUUAGUGUUCUCGUGUUAAUGUUCCAAACGGAGGAGGUCACACAUAGAAGUUAACCAAUUAAUCCCUCGGAAAUUACUUCUCGCAUCAAUCAUUUCCAUUCUUCACCAGGUAACCAAAACUACCAAGUUCCAACUGUCCAUUUCUAAUAUUGGAAAAUCUUCUCAAAUCCCAUUGGUUAAUUAUCUGUGUGCUAAUCAACUUUACCCUACGAAAGGAAAACAAUCCCCUGCAAUCCAAAGUUUCAAUUGAAUCAUUUCAAAUUAUUAACAAAACCUGAAAGGUUAACGGAAAAUUUUUCAAGAUGAUUCGAGAACGAUUAACUGAACCCAUUGAUAAAAAUGCUCUUGACCAAUUGAAGAAACAUUUUUUCGAGAGAGUAGCCAAUGAACCAGAUCAAUAUGAUCCAAUUGAUCUUGAAAGAAUCGAGAAAGAUGAUUGGUGGGUUUAUCGUUUCUUAGCCGGUAAUUUACUUAAUCAUGAAACUGCUCUUGAAGCAAUGAUUGAAUCAAUGAAAUGGCGUAAAUCUCAUGGUUUCCGUUCAUUUAAAAUGAACUAUUUUCCUGAUAUGUUUUUCAAAACUGGAGCUUUAUUUCAAUAUGAAACCGAUAAACAGGGUCGCCCAUCGUUGAUCCUACGAAUUAAAUUUGUCCGUAAGAUAAAGGACAUUCAAAGUGCCAUAGAACAAUUUGUUGACCAUGUCCUUUGGUCAAUCGAUGAAGAUUCCAAUGGAAAUGGAUGGAUUUUAAUAUUUGACUUUAAAGAUGCAGGACUACAAAAUGCUGAUUUCGAUUUGCUUCAUUAUUUGAUUAACGAUUUAAAGAUUCAUUUCCCAUUGGGUAUUGAUGCCGUUCUGGUUGUUGAUCUUCCCUGGAUUCUAAAAGCUUUCUGGUCAAUGGUGAAAACAUGGAUUCCCAAUGAAGGCGGUGAUUUGGUUCAAUUUACUACACGGAAAAAGUUGAAAGAUCAUUUUGACGAAUCAAAUUUACCUGAUUUUCUAGAUGGUAAAUGUAAACGCCCUUACAAAGGUGAUCGUAUGGUUCCUAAUGGUUCCCCUGAUGUUUAUCAUUUCGGUUCCAAGGUUAUGAAUGUACCUGCCAAUAAGAUUGAAAGUAUUGUUAAAAUUUAUGAAUCAAUUAUGACUUGAUGAUUAGACAAACGGGAGAAACUCAAUCAACAAUCAAUUUCCAACAAUCGAUUUUAUGUAAAUCUCAUUUUCCUAUUUUUAUUCUGUUAUAUUGUUUACCAAUUUUUAUAAUUCUUUCAAUUGAAUCUCAAUGACCUUAUCUCUUUCUCUAUCUAUCUUUCUCUCUCUUUUUCUUAAUGACUGACAAUCAGUCUUAAUUGUAGUGAUUAAGAGAGAGAAAGAUAGACAAUCAAAAAGAUUUACAAAAUAACAAUUUUAUCCUGAAAAUAA